AAAUCUUCCGACUCACUCCAAGGCCGUGUUGUUGGCGAAGAAUCAAGAUAAAACAUUGUCAGCAUCUUUUCCAGGUAACGCUUUAUGUCGUUCUGUCGUGACUUGCCGGCUGACGAAAGCACGCUUAUAUAAGUAUUCUGACUGAGAUCGUUCUCAUAUCACGGAGUGGUGAGAAACUUCGGGCAGCCGACAUAGCCAAAAGAGGAAGAAUGGAUGAAGACGACUCCUCAGGACUUUGGGGUCUGACGACACAAGUGGCACACACGCUUAAAGAGGCGGCCGCUACGGCAAACGUCACUUACGUCUUUCUCAAAGAACUCAUCACCACCGAGGAAGAGUGUCUUCGGGCAGAUUUUCACAUCCCAGAAGGGGAGUACUGUAACAGUACUUGGGACCGGAUAUACUGCUGGCCGCAUGUGUCCUCCGGUACUACCAUCUACUUACCCUGCCCACGGGGAUUUGACGGGUCGAAGUUGCUGGCGUACCGUACCUGUGACCUGACCGGGCAGUGGCAGUGGGGCCCGUGGACUAACUACACCGCCUGCCUGGCGCACAAACUGCCUGUUGGUGGCCACAUGGAGCCAAUCAUGACGUUUGUUGUUCGCGACAUCUACUUCUACGGAUCCUGUCUGUCUCUCGCCUUCCUAUUGGCCACCGUCUUCAUCUACUACUACCUAAAGCGACUAUCGAGUAGUGGGCGGAUCACCAUCCACAAGAACUUGGCGAUAUCCUUCCUCCUGUACUACAUUUUCUCCGUGGUGUUGUUCGAACCUUAUAUCAGUACGCCGGAAAACUUAGAAGACUCUUACCGACAAGUGCCUGGCCUGUGUAAGUUCCUGGUUGGCGCACAGCGGUAUUUCUUCACCACGAACGUGUUCUGGAUGUUUGUGGAGGGGAUCCACCUGCACAAGAGGAUCGCCGUGGCCGUGUUCAGCGCCGAGGCUAACAUGCUACUCUACAGCGCCAUCGGCUGGGGUAUCCCGUCACUCCUCGUGAUAGCGUGGUCCGUCGUCAUGGUGAUGUUCCACGCGCAUGCGUGUUGGGACCAGUAUAACAAGCUGCCUUACAUCUGGAUUCUGUCCGGCCCCAUAUACCUGGUGCUUUCGGUGAACCUGGGUUUCCUGAUCAACAUCAUCAGGAUCCUGGUGCAGAAACUGAAGGAGAAACAAACAGUUGAGAGCCAACAAGUCACGAAAGCGGCGAAGGCCACUCUGAUCCUCUUCCCUCUGCUGGGGGUGCCGCACCUGCUGUUACUGCACGAUCUGGCAGAGGGCGGUGCUGCACAGUGGAUCUAUCAGAUCUUCAACGCCGUCAUGCAGGCCAUGCAAGGUGUCUUCAUUGCAGUGAUCUACUGUUUCUUUGACUUGGAAGUUCAGCGUGAGUUCCGCCGGAUCAUCAGCCGCUGGUCCCGGCGCCGCUCCAGCACCCUGAGGAGGACGUCAUCAAGCGCACUGACCCGCCAAUCACAUCGCCCCCUAGCGGUGGACAGGUCCUUUGACAGGUCUCUGAGCAACACCGGGUCGUUCCGGAUGCACUCCAUGCGGCGUGGUGUGGACAGCGGCUAUGCCCGCAGCACUUCUGACGACUUGUACCCGCGACAGAGCCUCUACACUGUGGGACAACGUGUGGAAGUACCCAAUGACUUGCGACCAAUCAGCGCUGACGUAUGCUGAGGUACUUAAGUACAAGUGACCAAUCAGAGGAGGCAUGUGAUAAUAUGAGAUUCGGAAGUUGCCAAUCUGCAAUCAAAAAUCAAAAGUGCUUUAAAUCAGGCACUUGGCAUUGAGGUACUGGUUUUGAAAUAGCCAGUCAAAUGUGAUUUCGCUGAACACGUGCAUUAGCAUUAGCCUAUCAGAUGCUUGAUAAGUAAUUACCGAGACAUAUCCAAUUGAGAAUCUGGAAAACCAGGCGUUUGCAUCCGAGGUGACGUCAUACUCACAGUGACGUACUAAAGAAAAAGUAUUUCCAAACGGGUAAACAACCAAUCAUAGGUAAUUUUCUGAUCGCAUUCGAAAAGGACCAAAGAGAUAAUGUAUUUUCGGAGACGUUUUGAAGGCCUACCUCGAGGUCAAUAUUUAGGUAAGAUAGAUUGAAUGGCUAGACUUUCCAUUGCCGAGUUGCUGCAGGCAGAUCAGUCUACUUGUUAUUAUAGAUACUAGAUACAACUUUACCCAUAGAAAUGUAAACAGUUGGGGUUUUGUGUAAAAAGUAUAUCAGUAUUCUAGAUGUACCAUGAUCAAAAUUUGUCUUAGCUAUAGGAUUUCUUUACUUUUAGGUCGCUCAUGUUUCAAACACCAAUGGCACUUUGAUCACUUCACCAUACAUAUAC